AUGAACCUGUCCUGUGCUCACCAAAUUGAUUGUAACGGCUCCGAUCAUCGUUUCACUCAUGGGUGUGACAGCUCGAAGCAAUUUGACCCGAACACAGCCGUUCCCUCUUCAUCCGGACCAGUCCGUAACUUCCUAUGUUCUUACAGCGAAUGCCCUGGUGCGGAAAGCAUCAAAAUUGUCUGCCCGUACUGCGAAAGGAACUACUGCCUGAAACAUCGCCACGCUGAUGAGCAUGCUUGUGAGAAUCGUCCCGAGAAGGCUCCCAAACCUCGGAUUCUACCGGUUAUACCACCUGCAGCCCCAGCAGCGCCUGCCGAGAGACCAGCCGUCAAGGCAAAUUCGACCAAACCUGUCAGUGAAGCAGAUCGAAAGAAAAUGGAUAAGAUUCUUAUAAUGAAGCUGAAGAUGAAUGCGAAAGCGACGGCGGAUGUUCCUACCGGGGAACGGAUGUUUCUGUUUGUGGAAGGUGAUGACCUUAGUGAGCGGAAAGCUGUUGUGGUUAGCAAGACACUUCAUAUGUUCACCACGGGAUCAGCAAAGGCGUUGGAUUACGCGGACUCGGUGUCGGAUCAUCUGAGUGACAUGGGCACCAUAAUUGUUCAACUUGUGUAA